AUGGGAGUGAAACGCUAUCUUAUCGGGGGUUGGGAACAAUUUCAACACUUCUGAACUAGCGAAGAAACAGAUGAAAGAACUUGCCUCAGAGCCGAACUGACAUCCACACCGGGUUCUGGUGGACUUCAAAGAGCUGGAGAACCUGUUUGCAGAACUGCAGCAAAAAAUCCUGGAGAUCGAGGGUGUUCAGACCUGUGCUGCAACUUCCAGGAGUGUCUGCAAUGGAUCAGCUCAGGGAACCAGUUUCUCCAGAGAACUCUCAUCUGCAGGUCUCAGCGCUGCACUGACACCGGACCAUCAGUUCCUUGGAGACCCCGGGAUCUUUGAUUGGUCGGGUGGAAUGCUCAAUAUUUCUGGGCCUGAGAAGCUGAUGAACAUCUCUCUCCAGGAGGAUGACAAAUACGGAUAUCUGGGAUACUCUCUAGACAUUCUGCGGACCCCAGAGGGGACCUUCUAUGUGGCGGGAGCCCCAAGGUACCAGUAUGUCGGACUCGUGACUGUCUUCCGAGAGACACCAGAUGGAGCAGAGUGGAUCCGGAACAUCUCAGGAGAGCAGGUCGGCUCGUACUUUGGCUCAGAGAUUGAGGUUUGUGACAUUGACCAGGACGAUCUCUCAGAUGUGGUGCUGAUUGCGGCUCCUCAUUUCUAUGAUGUUCGAUGGUCUGGACAGGUGUCUGUAUAUCGCUGUAUUCAGGGAGGUCUCCAGUUCCAGUGGUCUCUCCAUGGUGAGUCGGGUCACCUUCACUCUCAGUUUGGAGCGGUGGUCUCGGCUCUUGGUGAUCUGAAUGGAGAUGGUUUCAGUGAUGUGGCAGUUGGAGCGCCGUACGAGAUGGAGGGGAGAGGAGCGCUGUACAUAUACGGAGGAGGGGCUGGAGGGGUGAACGCUGAAUAUAGCCAGCGUCUGACGGCUCCUACUCAGAGUUCUGGUUUUGGUCUGUCUGUUCACGGAGUGCUGGACAUGACGCGGGACGGGCUGACGGAUGUUGCGGUGGGAGCAGCGGGCAGUGUCACCCUCUUCAGGUCACAACCUCUGCUCAACGUCAGUGUAACCAUGACGUCCAUACCGCCGGAGAUCCCUAUCCCCACCGUGGAGAGCGCCAUCUGUGGGAUUGAAGUGAUCCUGGAGAUAUGUGUAGACCCCCAAAUCCAAACCACCCAAUUUACAGGGCCCCUGAAUGUCUCUCUCCCAGUACUCGGUAACUCUGGAUUCUGGGCGCUUUGUCAACCGAAUGUCCUUCCCAAACAGUCAGAGGGAGAAGACAGAGACCAUUGUUCUUGGAGUGGCUCAGCGUGUGUGCUGGAAUCACAGCAUUUCCCUUCUGGAUUGUUCUCUGGAGGACAGCUCUUCUGUGUUGGUGUCUCUUACGGCCUCUCAGGUCCCAAAUGUCUCUCGUUGGCUUCUCUCUCCAUCCAGCAGUCUCAUAGCCAGCACCCAGAUUCCCUUCCAGUUCUGUGGCAGUGGAGAAAGCUGUGAGCCCGACUUCCACCUAGAUCUAUCGAUGGAAAAGUUGGUCGUGGAGGAAGGAGCGUCAUUCUCAGUGUUUCUCAAACUUUGGAACAAGGGAGAAAAUGCCCAGAGGGCAAAGCUUCGGGCCACCUUCUCAACUGGACUGUCUUUCCGCAAAGUCAAUAUUACAAAGGCAUCACGGAGGAUCCCACUGUUGUGUGAAGGUUUAGACACCCAAAGUCUCUCAUGUAAUAUCAGUCACCCUAUCAUGAGACAGGCCUCCUGGGCCGACAUCCACAUCAUGUUUGGAAUUGUUGCCAAUGUCUCCUGGCCGGAUCGGGUCCAGCUAACUUUUCAAGUCACCAGUGAGAACGAUGGGAACAAGACCAGCAAGAUGAACAAGGUGACCCGAGACGUCCCCGUCCUGUAUCCAAUCAACAUCAUCAGUCGCAGGGUGGAAAACUCAACGAAAUAUCUUCAAUUCAUCGAAAAAGAGGAGCAGAGUGAUGUGACCCAUGCAUAUCAGAUCCAGAACCUGGGAUCCAGCCUGGUCCACACAGAGUUCAGUGUCACGGUGAUGGCUCUGGCCGUCGGAGGCGGAUGGCCUUGUCUGGGAUUACCGUGUGACACGUUGGGUCACCAAUGGUAACUGUGAAGAGCCGGACCAUUCCCAGACCCGAGAGAGGUCCACCAGACCACCAGGAAACCAGACCUUCCUAUGUAAAAGUGGAGCAACACGGAACCAUCAACAUACAAGUGACAGGGGACAGUGAGGCCGAUGAAUGCCUGGACGGAGGCGAAGUCUGGAAAUCUCAGCAGCGCGGUGAUGGUCGGCUACAAUGAGACGCGAUAUCACAGCCAGUUGGGAGGAAGUUCCACCAUGUACAGGUGACAACACAAGUGGAUCUUGUGGUUCCUCCCACCCACGUGCCGUACAUUGUGGGGCAGUACAGUAGGAGGGGUUAUCCUGCUCCUCCUCCUCUGUGUGCUGCUCUAUAAGUGCGGAUUCUUCAGCAGCGGUACAAGGAUCGGAUGGAGGAAGAGUUUCUUCUACACCGUCGUCCAGCAAACCACGCCGUGCGAUGAGGAAAGAUGACAACAGCAGGGCCACAGAGGGCCCUCCAGGAGCACUGACAUCUCUUCCUGAACCUGUGGAUCCUCCACUGGAGUCAUCUGAAGGACAAUAA